AUGUCUCUACUCAUACUCCCCGAAGAUAUGUCUACGCAACAAUCACCCUCUCCAGCCGCCAAAUCUACCCGCCAUGGCUUCCAUGGAAACGAAUAUAACCCCCUACAGGGGCCUUCUGCAGAUACAAUCGGCGUCUUCGUCAAUACUGCUUGGUCAAGUGCAAAUGCCCGAGAGGAAUGGUAUACUAGCUUUGCAGACCAAGCCACACGCUAUUUGCGAACGCCUAGGUUAUAUGAUUGUUUGAUUUUCAAACCGUCGCACGGGCUGCGGCGUGCUUCGUUAUUGAUCUGGAGCCGCCAUAUGAGCCUUUCAGUGAUUGGAGAGAGACUUAAGGAUCUUACAGAUUGA